UACAAAAGUGAGCGGCGUUGCGACAUUCUAACACAGCUGGGAUAUAAACAUUUCAAAUCAGUGAAUUAUCUAGUACGUGAGUUACAUAAAAUAUUGGAAUUUAGAUCAAUAUAGAGAAAUAAAUGGAAAAAUGUUAUUCUGCAAAUACAAAAGAUCGACAAGUGUUUUGAAUGAUAAAAAUUGCGAGCCGAACGAGGAAAUAUAUGAAAAGAGAAGGUCAGGGAUUAUUUCCAAAUCAGUUGGGGCUCCUUAUGAACUUGAUAAAGAUGUGAAGAUUUUUCCAAAGACAACAGAAGAAGAAUCAGAAAUCUAUUCAGCCCUUCAGCAAAACGAAUUUCUGUCAAAUAUACUACAAGAAAAACGAUAUCAAAAAUUCAUCUCCUGUAUGUACAAGCAAACAGUUGAAGCAGGUGAAAUAAUUAUCAAAGAAGGCGAAAUGGGAUCUUUCGUGUAUAUAUCAUGUACAGGAUCUUACGAAAUUAUUAUCGGAAACGACACUGUCGUCACCUUCAAUGAUGUGAGGGUUUUCGGAGAGUUGGCCAUUUUGUAUUCAGCGCAAAGGCACGCAACUGUAAAGGCCCUCGAAAAUGGAUCCAUUUGGGUACUAGACAACCACACUUUUAAAAUUCUUAUUAUUAAAUCGACCAUGGAAGAACAGGAGGAAAUGGUGUCGUUCCUUAAAAAUGUUCCUAAAUUAAAUACUGCACCCACAGAAAAUUUGUAUCAAGUGGCGAAUCUCUUUAAAUUAGAAUUUUUCAAAUCCAAUACGAAAAUUUUCGAGCAGUGUGAAUUGGGAGAUAAAUUUUAUAUUAUUCGUGCAGGGACUGUUACAAUGGAAAGGGAUAAUGAGAAAGUUGAAGAACUUACCAAAGGUAGAUAUUUUGGCGAAGUGGCUCUCUUAAAGGACGAAUUUAGACAAUCUACCGUAACAGCCAACCCUCCAGGUGUGGAGUGUCUAACUUUAGUUCGACACGAAUUUAUAGAACACUUUGGAAACAUAGAGGAAUUUGUAAAAUUAAAAAGUGGACCAAAUAUAGCGUCUGUAAAAUUAUCAGAAUUUUCAAAUUUAGACUUGGAUGAAUUUGAUGUAAUACAAACUUUAGGAUUAGGUGCAUAUGGGCGGGUUCAGCUCAUACAGCAUUGCCGACAAAAAAGUUUAGUUUUUGCACUGAAAUAUAUAAAAAAAUCAGAGGUCAAGAAGCCGGCGCAGCAGCAACAAGUGUACAACGAGAAAAUUUUGCACACGUCUUGCAAUUCACCCUUUAUCACAAGAAUGUACAGGAGUUUCCGAACUCCGAAGUAUAUAUAUUUUCUCCUGGAAGUAGGGCUAGGUGGGGAUCUUUGGAGUUUGCUGCAUUCUCAAAAAGUUAAGAGAUUCGACGAAGAUAAAACAAAAUUUUAUGCAGGUUGCGUUUUGGAGGGCCUCAGCUACCUCCACUCCCUCGGAAUACUCUACAGAGACCUUAAACCUGAAAAUAUAAUAGUUCAUCAUACUGGAUACAUCAAAUUAGCUGAUUUUGGAUUUGCAAAAAGGACAGAUGCAAAAGAAAAAACCUUUACCUUUGUGGGUACAGCAGAAUACGUAGCUCCAGAAAUAAUUAUGAGUAAAGGAUAUGAUAAGGGAGUAGAUUAUUGGGCGUACGGGAUUUUUAUUUAUGAACUAUUGGUAGGAAGAACACCUUUUAGAACCAACGAUCCAGGACCUAUGAACACUUACAAAUUAAUCCUCAAAGGCAUCGAAAAUGUUGUUUUUCCAGAAUAUAUAUCUGGAAGCGCUAAAUCAAUUAUUAGAAAAUUGUGCACGCAAUCUGCUUCUGACAGAUUGGGUUGUCAAAAAACUGGAAUUCAGGCUAUUAGAAAACACUUAUGGUUCGGAAGUAUGGACUGGCAAAAGUUAGUUAAUCAAGAGUUGCAGCCACCCUAUAAACCGGAGUUAAAAAACAAUAUUGACACAAGAUAUUUCGAUACUUUUCCAGAGGAUAAAAAUGUGCCGCCGGAUGAUUAUUCGAAAUGGGAUGAAGAUUUUUGAUCGAGAAGAGAAAAUACAUUGGGGUCAUAUCGGUUUUGAUCUCGCUGUAUCCAUUCAACGUACUAUACGAAAAGUGAUCUGUGCAGAUUAAUCAAAAGUGCAAUAGACGAGCGCUUCUGCUGCGAAAGGGAACUUUGUCGUCAAUCUCACAAACUGACAUAUCUCAAAAAUUCAUUUUUUAAGAUGACUGUAAAAACACUUUUUAUAGCUCUUCCUUCUUACAAAGUGGCAUAACUCAAGCUGUAACCGUUACGUAGUAAUAGAAACUUCCGUGAGGGACGUACCUACUUACUCAAACGCAGAACAAAACUUUAAAUUGAUCUCCUGAAAAAUUAGGAAAAAUGAGAUGAGUCACUUUGUGAGCUUGGCGUCGAGUUGUAGAUUAACUUUUUCAAAAAUAUUGAUAGAAAUCAGAUAUUUAUUUUAAAUUAGAGCUUUGUUGUGAAGUUUAUUUUAAUAUGUAUACGAUAUAAGAUGUUCAAAUAAGUAAUUCAAAGAGAGAUAGUUUCUAGACUUGCCCAAAAACGACUUUAAGUUUUUAAAGUAACAGAUUAUAUAUUUUUAUAUAGGUUAUAAGAAAACUGUUGACGAAUAAAAAAUAAAAUAAUUA